AUGAAUAAUACCGGUGUAUUUAUUAUAUCUGCACUUCGUAGUCCUAUUGGUCGAAUGUCUGGUUGUCUAUCCGGUUUAUCAGCGCAUCAAUUAGGCGGUCAAGUAAUCAAUUCUGUAUUGGACAAAGCUGUAGAAGGAUCGAAUGAUCCAAAAGAAUUAAGGAAUUAUAUCAUAGAACACUUGGAAGAAGUUAUACUCGGUCAGGUAUUGACAACAGCCACAGGGCAGAAUCCAGCUAGACAAGCAGCUAUAUUAGCAGGAAUUCCUUAUAGUGUACCAGCUUGGGGUGUAAAUAUGGUGUGUGGAUCAGGCUUAAAAUCUGUUUGCUUAGCCUUCGAUCGAUUACACCUUUCUUCUCCCACGGAAGGUGGCUGGAUACUAGCUGGUGGACAAGAGUCAAUGAGUCAAGCACCUCAUGCAACUCCUCCUAGAGCAUGUCUACGUCGUGUAGGUGGUCAAAAUACUUCAGAACUUCCAAAUUAUGGAAAUUUCACUCUGUUAGAUACAAUAAUGAAUGAUGCUUUAACAGAUGCAUUUUGUUAUCUUCCUAUGGGUGCAACUGCAGAAAUUGUCGCCAAAAGAUAUGGAAUUAGCCGAGAAGAACAAGAUCUGUUCGCUUUAAGAUCACAGGAGAAGUAUGCAGCUGCUUUCAAAGCUGGUCAUUUCGUUAAUGAAAUAACACCAAUUAACGUUCCAGGUAUAGGUAAAGACGAAUCAAAAAUUGUUUCCACUGAUGAACAUCCACGACCUGAUACUACUUUAGCAAAAUUAUCGAAAUUACGACCAGCAUUUCAAGGGGAUUCAACUGGUGGAACAGUUACAGCGGGUAAUACCAGUGGAGUUAAUGAUGGUGCAGCAGUAGUAUUACUUUGCCGUGGUGAUCAAUUAUCAAAGCUGGGUGAUCGCCGUCCACUUGCGCGUAUUGUUGGUUGGCACCAAGCUGGUCUAGAGCCAGAAUUAAUGGGUCUUGGCCCUAUCUUUGCUAUUCGAGGAUUAUUAUCUAAGAUUGGUUGGAAGAUUGAAACUGUUGAUGUCUUCGAAAUUAAUGAAGCAUUUGCUUCUCAGUGUAUUGCUAUUGCUACUGAGUUAUGUAUAUUACCAGAGAAAUUGAAUGUCUCCGGUGGUGCAAUCGCUUUAGGCCAUCCAGUUGGAUGUAGUGGAGCACGUAUCUUGGUCACACUAGCGCAUACACUACAACGUAUUGGUAAACAGCAGCAACAACAACAACAAAAUGGUGGUGAUGAAUCUACUGUUCGACGUGGUGUAGCUGCUUUAUGUAUAGGCGGUGGCAUGGGUAUUGCAGUUGCCAUAGAAACAUGCAUCUAGUGUGAUAGAAAGAGGAUAUAAAUAUAUGACUAUAAGAUAAAAUCAACAUUCCUUUACUAUUUUUUUUUCUGAUUUUCUUAGUGUUUAAUUAUCUUUUAGUGGUUCGCUCUCUUUUUUGUGAUAAUUUAUAUAUAUAUAUAUAUAUAUAUAUAUAUAUAUAAUUCAUUAUGGUGAUAAUAGCGUGCCUGGUUCACUUAUUCAACAAACUAAAGAAUGUGCCUUAACUACACCGGUUUCUUUUUUUUGAUUCUCAAAGAACAAAGAUUUACUCUAGUUUCAUCAAACGAAUUCAUUACCUUACUUGACAAUGUUAAUUAACUGAAAACUAAUAAUAAAGUAGAUUUCAUUCAACUGGGGUUUGUCUUUUGUUCUUAAUCAUUUUUUUUUCUGUUUUUGGUACAUUUUUUUUACACUGUGUAUGUAUGUGUUGCAUAGAGAUUGUAUGUUUUGAGAAAUUGAUGUUUCAUUUUCAAAGAAAACUGUGUACAAAGAAGAAUUUGUUGUGGACAGUUGAGAGUAAACUAUGCGACUGUCCUCUUGACACAUUUCUAAAACCUAGACACUAAGGGUAAACGCGCGAUUUUUUUAAAGAUAUUUGUCUUACUUCAUUCCGGAUAACUGUGUAUUUGUCUGCUAUUAUAUGUUUAAUAUCUGAACUUGUAUUGAGUUCCUGAAAUUGCACUGUACUCUAAGAAAUUCAAAUAACUGGCCUUUUGUUAAAUAAGCUUUCUCUUACACAAACUGAGUCCUGGGCUGUUCACUCGUUGCAUUCUUAUUUCCUCUAAUAGAAUGCAGUGUGCUGUGUAUCAGGGUGAAUCUUCUUUUGCCUUGCUUACUGAAGCUGGUGUUCCUCAGUAUGCUGCUGUUCUCUCUCCUUUUCUUUUUUUUCAUUCUUCUUAUAUGACUUACAUCUUUCGAAUGAAAUCAACUUCGUCAAAUAUGCUGGCGAUCUGACUUUCUCGCUUCCUGUGAAGUCCCAGUUAGACUGUUGUAAACUUAUUUUGCUUUUUGUGGGACAUCAGUCAGUAGUCUAAGCUAAAUGGUCUUACCUUAAAUCCCUCAAAUUGCUAGACUAUUGACUUCUCCUUUGGACGUAAAUGUGAUCUACAACGACCGGUUAGUACACACGAUGCUUGUAGCAUAAAGGAG